UCCCGUCGUGUUCCUCGCAUCCGGAGAUCGCGCGCCGCUGCUCCCCGGCGACCGCGCGCCUCUGCUGUCCGGCCACCGCGCGCUCCCCGGCGACCGCGCGCCUCUGCUGUCCGGCCACCGCGCGCUCCCCGGGGAGCAGCCGCUGCUGUCCGGCGAUCACGCGCCGCUGCUGUCAGUGGCUCCGCCCCCCGCGGAGAAAUCCCAGCGGCCGGAGGCUUCCCCUUCCCCUGCCCAGGCGACCUCGCCGACGGAAGGGUCGAGCUCGCCGCCGGAGAAUUGCAGCGCUUCCAACCUCGCCGGAGUAUCCUCGUCGCUGCUGCCCCCAGGCAGAGAGCACAAUGGACCUCAGCGAUGACGACUUUGAGAGACCAUCACGUGCAUCUCCAAGAUUAAAAUCCAAAAAAUGUACCAGGAAGAAACGUAUGGACGGAUAUGUCUCUGAUUCAGGAUCUGAGAACAGAACAACCACGAAAAGGAAAAAAACCAGGAAAAACACAAAGGAUGCUAAGGCCAAACAGAAUAUUGGGUUCAAAUGUUCCCCUCACUUGUUGGUCGAUCUUGUGAGGAGCCUUGACACGGAUCAGAGGAAAUGGGUUGAGGAGAUUGGCUUUGCGGUAUUUCUUUCCAUGCCAAAUUGCAGGCUCCCUAAGGACUUGACUGUCUGGCUAGUUAACCAGUGUAGUUGGAAGGACAAAGCUCUUAUUGUACGUGGUAGACCAAUCAAAAUCAAACCCCUUAUCAAGAAAUUGUUAGGUAUCCCUGAUGGUCCAUAUGAUGUUCCUUUGCCACGUAGCAAACGUGGGAAAGCCAAGGGGUCCACGGAUGAAGAUAAAGAACUAAAGGAAGAGAAAGGUGCUAGGUGUUUGAGCUCUAAGUCCACACUAGAGUCUCUAGUAGCGACCCAUGACCCGGAACAAUUUAAAAGAUCUUUCAUGCUCUACGUCCUCUGUAUAUAUCUCGCUCCAUCAAGUGGACACUUUGUCAACCUUAGCUACUCCCCAAUUGUCAACAAUGUUGAGAUUAUUAAGGACAUGAAUUGGUGUGACCAUGUAGCCGAUGUGCUCAUUGAAGGUAUUCGGGAGUAUAGAGAAUCGAAGGCUGCUAAUGUCAACGUGCACGGAUGUAUUCAUGUUUUGCUUCUCAUUUAUAUUGAUGUUGUUAAAUCUGCCAUUUUGAAAGUCCCCCACGGAGACCCUCGUGCAAUCUAUGUUACAACUGAUAUGCUGGACCUUUUAGAUCUGACUGAUUUGAAGUGCAGAACAGCUGAUGGCCCAGUGUAUGGGAAGCUAGAGAUGGACGAGUCUACUUACGCGGACGAGUGCAACCAUGGCAACACAGCAACAUCAAGCUCACAUGAUGUAGGUGCCAAAAAUGACAGUGAUCCUUGCAGCCAUAGCUUGCCCGUCAUUCAUCUUUGA